CGCGUACAUCCGGGGCUUCGCGAUUCGAAGCCGCCCGUUUUUGUCAGCUGUUUAUUUACCGAGCCGCCAUUUCUCGCAGAGUUCGUGUGAUUUCUUUCGUGAAGACAUCUGUGGCCAGCGCUGAUUUUGAGAAUAGAGCGGUUGAGGCGAAUCAAGGAGGCAAAUCUUCAUUACCGCUGCACUGCAUCAAGAUUACUUCAGUACUUGAUUAGUCAGAUUCUUUCAAAGACCGGAAAUAAUUUACGACGACGACAAAACAGAUUAACUUUUACAAGUAAGAGUUGGGGAACAUUGGCAGUAAUGACUGUGCCAGAAAUGGGACGAACCAGACGCUAUCGGAGUGGUGACAGAGAUAGUGGCUCCCAAAGCUAUCAUUCAACUAAACGAAGGAGACUUGAUGAUUAUAACUCGUAUGAUUAUACUUAUAAUUCAAACAGCCGGGAUCUGAGUCGAAAGCAUCAAUGCAGUCGUAAUGGUCCAUACUACAGUAGAGAUAACAGUCAGAUGAACUAUCACAAACGAUACAAGCAUAUUACCCGAAGAGAUUCUGACAGUGAUAACAGUAGGAGACGGCAUAGAAAUAGACACCGGAGACAUAGGUCUAAAUCUCCAUCUGGCUUGUCUCAGAAAGAGCUACAUAGAAACAAGAAUGGCAGGGCAAAGAGUGUUCAGGAUGACGAAGAAGGUCACCUUAUCUAUCGGCAUGGCGACUGGCUGCAAGCGAGAUACGAAAUCCUCUCCACUCUAGGAGAAGGCACAUUUGGAAAAGUUUUACACUGUAAGGAUCAUAGCAGAAAUGGACAGCACAUUGCUCUAAAAGUUAUCAAAAAUAUAGAAAAGUACAAAGAAGCUGCAUAUAUGGAGGUCAACGUUUUGAAAAAAAUACAGGAAAAAGAUCCUAAUGGAAAAUACCUUUGUGUGACAAUGAUGGACUUUUUUGAAUAUCAUGGACAUGUCUGUCUGGCAUUUGAACUUCUUGGACUCAGCACAUUCGACUUCCAGAAAGAAAAUCAUUAUUUGCCUUAUCCCAUGAACCACGUCAGAAUAAUGGCAUACCAACUCGUUUGGGCUGUGAAAUUUUUGCAUGAUAAUCAUCUGACACAUACAGACUUGAAGCCAGAAAACAUCCUUUUUUAUGAUUCUGAAUGUUGUGUUUCUUACAACCCCUCAUGCAAAAGAGAUGAAAAGACUAUCCAUAACCCUGACAUCAGAUUGAUAGAUUUUGGUUCGGCCACAUUUGAUCAUGAGCAUCACAGUACAAUUGUUUCAACUAGACAUUACAGAGCACCUGAAGUUAUUUUAGAACUGGGUUGGUCUCAGCCAUGUGAUGUUUGGUCAGUUGGUACAAUCAUAUUUGAAUUUUACAUGGGCAUAACAAUGUUCCAAACACAUGACAAUCGUGAGCACUUAGCGAUGAUGGAGAGAAUUCUUGGACCAAUACCUCAGAGGAUGAUUAAACGAAGUCGCAGACAGAAAUAUUUUUAUCGCGGUAAAUUGGAUUGGGAUAAAUCCUCUUCGGCAGGAAAAUAUGUUCGUGAAAACUGUAAACCUUUACUUGGCUACAUUCAUAGAAAGGAUGAUCCAGAACAUUUGAAACUCUUUGAUCUCAUAGCGCGGAUGCUUGAAUAUGAUCCUGCCAAAAGAAUAUCAAUGGCAGAAGCAAUAAACCAUCCGUAUUUUGACUCCCUCCCACCUGCUAUAAAAUAUUCAGGUUGUAUUAGUUCCAAUGGUGUAGCAAACGCUUGUGGUGGCAUUUAUGAUGGAUUAUAAGAGUAGUAGGUACAUCUGGAGAUGAGGUUCAAGGAUCAGGCACUGAUGGUGUGCGUAUUUAAGUUUUUUGUGGCACUUUUGAACUUUUUGGGCAUUGAUGGUGUGUGUAUUUAAGUUUUCCGUAGUACUCUUAAACAUUGUCAAACUUUUGCUAACUAUCGAAUAGAUUUAUUACAAGAAUCUAUCUGUUCUUGAGGUAUAUUCCUGAAAAAUAUAAAUGCAACAAUUGGCUUUUCGCAUCUUUGAAAAAAUAUAUACUGUUUUCAUGUUUUUGGAGAAGCAAAUCUUCAUGGAUGGAAGUAUAUCUGAUACGACAUACUGCCUAGAAAUUUUUAUGUCCCACUAAUGCUUUUUUUCAAUUUCGUUCUGUAUUUUUUCCAGUCUAAUAAAUCCAUGCAUUAUGAUAA